UUCCACGACAAAAUUUUAAUCCGUUACAAAAUACAUGUUUUAAUGAAUGGAGAAAUAAUUUCAUUGGUUGGAAACUAAAGCCUAACAAGUUUUUUUUGACGAAUUAAAUAAUUUAACAUGAUAUAUUAGAAUCGGUUAAAUUCUGAAAGUGUAAAAAGUCUCUUAUAUUACAAAAGUACAUAACAAAAGUUAACAUUAAUAGUAUAUUUCAUAGUUAUGGUUUUAUCGAUAAAUUGUUCAAAAUUUGGAUGCAUGUUUUUAUUGUUAAUAAGUCGUGUUUUUGCAUAUUCUGUAAAUAGAACACAAACUCAUAAAUGUCGUGAUGCAAAUAUUGCUGUUGAAUCCCAGAGUUCACUUUGUUAUAAAGAUGAAUCAAAAUGUGAUGAGGAGAUUUGCGAUAUUGAAAUGUCACAAUGUCAAGCUAUAUAUAGAAAUAUAAGUGGAAAACUCCGCCAUUGGUUUUUCUCUUGCUUUCAUCAUGGAGAUCAAGAAUGUGGUACAGAUACAUGUCCUUUACACUAUGUGCCUAGUCAUGAUCUUUGGUACUGUUGUUGCACAACAUCUUUGUGUAACACAAGAAUUUAUUAUCCUUUAGAACCUACUUUAAAUAUCCUGACUGAAAAUGCUAGCACAACGAUAGCUGCUCAUAAAAACUUUACAACUGAAGGUUCCAAUUAUCUUAUUUUAGUUUAUAUAUUAGUACCACUUUCGGUAGUUAUUGUGAUGAUAGGUUUAUUUGCAUGUAUUAAGUGGAAAUACAAAAAAAAAGAAGAUAUUUUAUUGGUUUACGAGCGGGACUCGUCCAAAUAUGAGUACUUAAAUAUUAUACACCAGGGACAGUUCACUAAACUAUGGUUGGUUCAACAUCAGGAUCAGAAAAUGGUUGUCAAGUUGCUUCUUCCAACAUUACAAAAUUUAUGGACAAAUGAAAGAGAAAUUUUUGUGAAAUAUAAUUUAAAGCAUCGAAACAUUAUAAAAUUUCUUGCUGCUGAAACUGAAAACAUUAACAAUAAACUUCAUUAUUUAUUAGUUGUAGAUUAUUAUGAAAAAGGUUCUCUUGUAGAUUAUUUGAAAAAAAAUGUUAUAACAGUUCAGCAGAUGCUAAAAUUCAUUUUUAGUAUUGUUCGUGGGCUUGUAUAUCUUCAUAUGCCUGAAAGUAAAAAACCUCGAAUAGCGCAUAGAGAUUUAAAAAGUGCAAACAUAUUGAUAACAAAUGAUUUAGAAUGUGUUAUAUGUGAUUUUGGAUUAGCAAUUGCAGUAGAUAAAAACAAUUUUCAAACAUGUUUUGAUAAAGCCCAGGUUGGUACUAAAAGAUAUAUGGCUCCUGAAAUAUUAGAUGGAGCAAUUGUGUUCAAUUCAGAAUCAUAUUUUUUGAUGGAUAUUUACUCAACUGCUCUAAUCAUAUGGGAGCUUGUUUCAAGAUGCAAUUAUGAAUCAGAAGUAAUCAAACAUUACCAACCACCUUAUUUUGACCAAGUUGGUGAAAACCCAAGUAUAUGGCAAAUGAAGGACUGCGUCGUUGACCGAAACGUGAGACCGCCUAUCCCUUUAGAAUGGAGGAAUAACACGAUUUUGAAUAUGAUUUGUAUUACUAUGGAGGAGUGUUGGGAUCGUGAUCCUGAAGCUCGUGUUUCAGCCAACUGUAUUCAUGAAAGAUUGCUAGCAAUUAAAGAUCAAACAUCAACAGAAAUAGCGUUACAUAUGCAGGAAGAAACUGUAAAGACUCUUUUGCUUGGUCAUAAUUUAUGACCCAUUUAAACUGU